AUGUACUCCAUUGGGAUCACUUCUGCUAUUUUACUUGUUGUUUUGACAACAGCAAAUGCCCUCGAAUGUAGACCAGUUCUAUGCAUGCUUGCAUGUCCACAUGGCUUUGAAGUUGAUGCACAAGGCUGUCCAUAUUGUUCAUGUCGUACAACACCUAGAAUUUGUAUUGAUCCAAUAUUUGGUUACAAUUGUGGUACAGUCGAUCAUCGUGAUUGUCCAAGUUCACAUGAAUGUCAACUUAGUUUUAGUAGUCUUCAUGGUCAAUGUUGUCUGAAGCUUUCUGGUUCAACAACAGCUCGACCACAUACAGGCACAAGUACCGCUCGUAUGACAACAGCUGCAGCUGGUACAUCAACUCAUCGUCCAUUAAAUCUUUUAUUAGCAUUCGCAACAGGAUCAGCAAGUGGUUCACCAGCAUCAACUACGCGACGUCCUGCUACUACUACUGGUCGUGGAACUGUUACACCUACAAGCACACGACGUUCGUUUUAA